AGCAUUUGCAUCCAAACAAAACAAAACCAAACCCCAAAUUUACACGCUUCUACGUGUACAAUUUCACCACCACUUCCUCAUGCGUGUUGUAUCCUUCGUAUACACCCACAUCAAAUCGUAAAAAUAAAAAAUCUCAAACAUAAUCAAUUUCUCAAUUCAAAAAAAAAAAAAAAAAAAAUCUCUGUAUUCCCUUUACUAGAAUUAUCCACACCCUUAUCACCAAAUCCUCUAAACACAGACCUCAACUCUUCCGUUUCCGAUAUGGGUCCGAUUGUGUUGACUCAGCUUGCAACCGGUCUGAGCGUGUUGGCCGGAGCGGCUCUAUUGAAAUCAGUGAUGGAUCAGAACCCGAUGAUGGGUCCGGGUUCCGGGUCAGGUCAGUUCCCAAGGUGUUCAAGUUGCAACGGGACCGGUCGGGUUAGUUGUCUUUGUAAUCGGUGGUCGGACGGUGACAGAGGAUGCCGGACUUGUGCUGGUUCCGGUCGGAUGAUGUGUAACAGCUGUGGCGGUUCUGGUACCGGUCGCCCUCUCCCGGUUCGGAUCUCGGCUCGUCCAAAUCAACCGUAUUAGACCGGUAACCUGUGUUGGAUUUGUUGGAAUUGUAAUCCGUUGGUUGAGUAAAUUUGUAAACGUCAGAUUCAGUUACUCUCUCUCUCUCUCUCUGAUAAGAUUACAUAUUUACAUGUAUUAUAAGUUGAUGAUAUAGUAUCCUCCUGUACCUACCUCUUGAUGUUUUGUGAUCAGAGGACAUACUGCAAUUAAUAGAAACAUAAUCUUCAUUUCUAAUAUUUGUUCAA